AUGAGAUCAAUUUCAGUCUUUCUCGCCCUCGUGGCUUCUCUGACAUCGGCGUCUGCAUUUGCAUUCGGCAAUGACUUCAUUCCGGUUGGUGCUUCCAUUGAAGUCGCGCGAUCAGAUUCGCUUCUGCCCAGGAAGCCUAGACAGAAAGACAAUUGGGGCAAUGCCGUCGCACACGAUCGCAAGAAGAUCACCAUUCGAGCGUCGAAGAACGAGACAGACGACAUCAGUGAUGAUUUCCUCUGGGCGCUUAAGAAGGCCAACAACGGCGGACUUGUGCACUUGAAGAAGAAUCACAAAUAUGUCAUCGGCAAAAAGUUGGACCUUAGCUUCCUCAAAGACGUCUAUGUCAACAUCAACGGCGAGCUAAAGUAUACCAACGACAUCAAGUACUGGCAAGCCAACAACUUCUACUACCCGUUCCAGAAGAGCAUCACCUUUACAGUCUGGGGUGGCAAAGAUGUCAAGAUUUACUCUGACUCUGGCUCGGGCGUGAUAAAUGGUAACGGACAAGCCUGGUGGGAUGGCUUCUCAGGCGCUGAAAUUCUUGAUCCAAACAACAAGUUCUACCGCCCGAUCCUCUUCCUCACCGACAACGCAACCAACGUCGAGGUUUCAGGCCUUCACCUCAAAGACUCACCCUGCUGGACCACUUUCCUCGUUCGCACCAAGAACGUCGUCUUCGACAACAUCUACAUUGACGCCGUAUCCACAAAUGCCUCCUCACUCCCCAAGAACACCGAUGGCUUCGACUCGCUCAACGUCGACGGCCUGACCGUAACAAACACCCGCGUCAACGUAGGCGACGACUGCUUCUCGCCCAAGCCCAACACCACCAACAUCUUUGUCAAGAACCUGUGGUGCAAUGGCACGCACGGCGUAUCCAUGGGAUCGAUCGGCCAGUACCCCGGCGUCAAGGACUACAUCAGCAAUGCAUGGAUCGAGAACGUGACGCUGCUGAACGGACAGAACGGCGCGCGCCUCAAGGCCUGGGCAGGCCCGAAUGUCGGGUACGGCUACAUUGACAACAUCACGUACAAGGACAUCCACAUUGAAAACACUGACGCGCCCGUUGUGCUGGACCAGUGCUACUUCAACAUCAACGAGACGACGUGCGCGGCGUACCCGUCCAACGUCAAUAUUACAAACGUCAACUUCAUCAACAUCUCUGGCUCGAGCAGCGGUAAGAACGGAAAGGUCGUCGCGGAUUUGACAUGCAGCCCCGGCGCUACGUGUGAUGGUAUUCACCUUGAGAACAUCAACAUUACGAGUCCUGCGGGUUCACCAUCGCAGAUCGUGUGCGAGAACAUCAAGGGAGAUAUCGGUGUCGACUGUAUCCCUGCGAGCGAGGCGGAUGACUAG